AUGCCCACCAUUCCCUCUAUGCAGUGGGCGCAAGUCGUCGAAAAGAAAGGCGGCCCCCCAAUUUACAAGCAAAUCCCCGUCCCCAAACCCGGCCCCGAUGAAGUCCUCAUCAAAGUCAAGUACACCGGCGUCUGCCAUACCGACCUUCACGCCAUGAACGGUGACUGGCCCAUUCCCCUGAAACUGCCGCUCGUCGGCGGCCACGAGGGCGCCGGCAUCGUCGUUUCCAAGGGCGAGAUGGCCGCAGGCGUCGAGAUCGGCGACCAUGCCGGCAUCAAAUGGCUCAACGGCUCCUGCUUAGCCUGCGAAUUCUGCAAGACCGCUGACGAGCCGCUGUGUGCGGACGCGGCCCUCUCUGGCUACACCGUUGACGGCACCUUCCAGCAGUACGCCAUCGGCAAGGCAGCCCACGUCACCGUGCUGCCAAAAGAGGUCCCGCUCGACGCGGUCGCUCCGAUCCUGUGCGCCGGGAUCACGGUCUACAAGGGUCUGAAGGAGUCCGGGGCGCGGCCCGGGCAGACCGUGGCCAUUGUGGGCGCAGGUGGUGGGCUGGGGUCCCUAGCGCAGCAGUAUGCGAAGGCGAUGGGGUUGCGGGUGAUUGCGAUUGACGGCGGCGACGAGAAGCGCGCGAUGUGCGAGAAGCUCGGUGCGGAGGCUUAUGUGGACUUCACCAAGUCCCAGGACCUCGUUGCAGACGUCAAGGCCGCCACGCCUGGCGGUCUCGGUGCGCAUGCUGUGCUCCUACUCGCUGUGUCAGAGAAACCAUUCCAGCAGGCUGUUGAGUACGCACGACCUCGGGGUGCGAUUGUAGCUAUCGGUCUUCCAGCACAUGCGUUCCUCAAGGCUCCUGUCUUUGAGACCGUGGUGAAGAUGAUCAAUAUCAAGGGUAGCUAUGUCGGCAAUCGCCAGGAUGGUGAGGAAGCCGUUGGCUUCUUUGCUCGCGGUCUGAUCAACGCGCCUUUCAAGACUGUUCCCCUGGAGGAUCUGCCGAAGGUGUUCGAGCUCAUGCAGCAAGGCAAGAUCGCCGGACGAUACGUCCUUGAGAUUCCUGAGUGA